UAGUACGACGGGAACCAGAAUAGUACAAUAUCUAGAACAGUCAGGUAGAGUGUUGUAACUUGUAGUGUACCAUUAUAAUUUGUCUCAACUGCAAAUGAACGUGCGGUGAGCGAAAACGAAAUGUUUUGCCACGAAAGAGAAGAGUUUCUGAGUGUGCAGCAGUACUGGAACACGACUGACCCCGACUUCUCAGAAUGCUUCCAGAAGACGGUGCUGCUAUGGACGCCCUGUGCCUACCUGCUGCUGCUUGCGCCCAUCCGCAUCCUCCUGCUGCAGCAUGGUCAAAACCAGCAUAUCAUACCCUGGUCAUGGAGGAGUAGGACUAAACUGGUUCUGUCCGCAGUGAUUGCAGUGCUGGGAAUCAUGGAUAUCGGACGGUCACUGUACGAACAUUUCAAUAGUGUACUCAAGGAUGUACCCAUAGUCAACUUUCUUUCACCACUUGUCCUGGUGCUGACCAUGGUGGUGCAUUGCCUGGUGGUACACUUUGAGCGGAAGAACAGCGUGCGAUCAUCAGGCUUCCUUUUCAUCUUCUGGUUCCUGUUGGUCCUGGUUUCCAUAGUAACGUUCAGGUCGAAGAUCAGGGUUGCCUACCUUGAGGGUGAAAGACGCAGAAAUGCACCUUAUCUGGGGCAGGGUGAGAUUGAUGUGUUCGGGUAUGUCACGUUCUACCUGAUGUUUGCCGUGAUGCUGGCCCUGCUCGUGAUCUCUUGCAUCAUUGACAAGCAGCCUGUGGGAGCAGUACCUCUGGAAGACCAGAACCCGUGCCCUGAGUGGAAUGUCUCCUUCCUGUCUAGAAUCACAUUCUGGUGGUUUAACGGCCUUGUGAUACUGGGCUACAAGCGUGCGUUGGUUCAGACUGACCUCUGGAACCUUAACCCCAAUGACAAGUGUAGCAGCGUGAUGCCAAAGUUUGAUGCUCAUCUACAGGCAGAGAUGCAGAAGUGCAAGGCAUCCAACUCAGCCACACAGCAAUCCAGCAGCCUGCCGCGUGAUAUCGAAAUGAAGGAAAUGGGGGCGUCUGGUGGGGCUAAGGACAUCAAAGACACCCCAGAGGCGAAGGUAAUCCAGUCAGAGAUGGUGAAGAAGCAGCCAAGACUGUUUCUGGCCAUGGUUAAGACGUUCUGGUUCAAGUCCCUGGUGGCCGCAGGGUAUAAGCUGCUCUAUGACAUGCUGCAGUUUGUCAGCCCUCUGUUACUGAAGUACCUGAUAGCAUACACCAAGGACAAGUCCCAGGAGACCUGGAAGGGCUUCUGGUACGCCAGUGUCAUGCUGGUAGUAGUGAUGUUCCAGACCAUCAUCCUGCACCAGUACUUCCAGCACUGCGUCGUCGUAGGCAUGCGGCUGCGCACCGCAAUCAUCGGCUCUGUGUAUGAAAAGAUGUUAAAGCUGUCCAAUGCAGCACGCCGUACCUCUACAGUGGGCGAGAUAGUCAACCUGAUGUCUGUUGAUGCCCAGCGCUUCAACGACAUGAUGACCUACAUCAACAUGGUCUGGUCCGGCCCUGUCCAGAUCUCAUUCUCCAUCUACUUCCUGUGGGUCACGCUGGGGCCGUCCAUACUGGCCGGGCUCGGGGUCAUGAUAGUCAUGAUACCGCUCAACGCCGUGGUCGCCAACAAGGUGAAGCAGUACCAGGUGAAACAGAUGAACCUGAAAGACAAGAGGAUCAAGAUGAUGAAUGAGAUCUUGAACGGGAUCAAGAUUUUGAAGCUGUACGCGUGGGAGAGGUCCUUUGAACAGAAGGUGCUGAAGAUACGCAACAAAGAGUUGGCCGUGCUCAAACGCAUGUCCUACCUGAACGCUGUAACCACUUUCAUGUGGACUGUAGCUCCUGUAGCGGUGUGCUUGGUGACAUUUGCCGUGUAUGUGCUUGUGGAUGACAAGAACAUCUUGGACGCAGAGAAAGCCUUUGUGUCGCUAUCACUGUUCAACAUUCUGCGGUUCCCUCUCUCUAUGCUGCCCAAUGUCAUCUCUAACAUCGUACAGGUGCGUGUGUCCUUGGCCAGAUUGCGUAAUUUCCUGGGCAAUGAUGAACUGGACCUCGAUGCAGUACAGAGGGAUUCUGGUGCAAAACACGCAUUCUCAGUGAAGGAUGGAGAAUUUUCAUGGGAGAAAACUGGGAAAUCCACCCUAAGGGGUAUCAAUCUGGAGGGUCCAGUGGGCAGCCUGAUAGCGGUGGUGGGCACAGUGGGCAGUGGGAAGUCAUCCCUGCUGCAGGCCAUGCUGGGCGAGAUGGAGAAAAUAGGGGGCACAGUCAAUAUCAAGGGAUCACUGGCAUAUGUAGCCCAGCAGGCCUGGAUCCAGAAUGCCACGUUUCAGGACAACAUACUGUUUGGGAAGUCUGCUGAUGUGAGCCUCUACCGACGGGUGAUAGAUGCUUGUGCCCUGCAGCCUGACCUUGACAUCAUGCCUGCUGGGGACCAGACAGAGAUUGGAGAGAAGGGUAUCAACCUGUCAGGUGGUCAGAAGCAGCGCGUUAGCCUGGCGAGGGCUGUCUACCAGGAGAGAGACCUCUACUUGCUGGACGACCCUCUCAGUGCAGUCGACUCACAUGUGGGAAAACACCUCUUUGACAAUGUCAUUGGACCCAACGGAAUGCUGAAGGAUAAGACGCGGGUGCUGGUGACUCACGGUGUGGGGUUCCUGCCCCAGGUGGACACCAUUGUGGUUCUGGUGGAUGGGCAGAUAUCGGAGAUAGGCUCGUACAGGCAGCUUCUGUCACAUGACGGGGCUUUCGCUCAGUUCCUUAAGAACUACCUCACAGAGGAGAUGGAGAAGGAAAACGUUGCAGACAUGGAGCUUAACCAAGAGAUGAUAUCAGACAUUGGCUCUUUAGUGAAAGGCAGUGAUGUUUUACAGAGGCAAGUCUCUGUAUUAUCAGAGAGAAUGCGUUCAGCGUCUGAUGCAGUCAGCACGCCCCCAGGUACACCUGACCCCUCUGGGCGUAGAUCAGAGGCUCAUGGGAGUCCUGACAAGAACAGCAACGCCUUGAGGAAGGAUGCAGCAAGCCCUGACAAGACUAAAACUUCUGAAGCAGGUAGCAAGACUCAGCUCGCUGGGGAGAAGUCAGGGAUUCUAAAUGGAGGAAAGGCGAGCGGUAAAGAGGACAAGAAACUCAUUGAGGCUGAAAAGAUGGAGACUGAAAGGGUAAAGCUGGGGGUGUUCAUGGCGUACAUGAAGGCGGUGGGCAUCUUCCUCAGUGUGAUCACGGUGCUGUUCUACGUGUUGUACAAUGCGGCCAGUCUCUACUCCAACAUCUGGCUCAGUGACUGGAGUAACGAUGCCACCAAGCUCAACGGCACCACCGACCCCGCACAACAACAGCUCAGGCUUGGCAUCUAUGGGCUACUGGGCUUUGUACAAGGUGCUUUUCUGUUGUUUGCUGCUCUUUGGUUGAGGCUUGGUAGCGUUCGUGUUGGUCUCAAAAUGCAUGCAGACUUGUUACGCAAUAUUCUCGAUUCACCCAUGCUGUUUUUCGAGACCACUCUCACUGGGCGGUUGCUGAACAGGUUCGGGAAGGACAUUGACGUGAUUGACACGCUGAUAGCCAGCAACAUACAGGGCUGGUUGAUGACCUCACUGCGCGCACUGUUUGCUAUGGUUGCUAUUGUCUACAGCAUGCCGGUCAUCAUUAUUGGCAUUGUCCUGGCCUUCAUCCUCUACUUUUUGAUCGAGAGAUUUUAUGUUGCUACCUCUCGACAAUUGAAGCGACUUGAGUCAGUCAGUCGAUCACCGAUAUACUCUCAUUUUGGGGAAACUGUUACUGGGGUGACAACAGUGCGGGCUUACCGGCAGCAGGAACGCUUCAUUGAGACUUCAGAGAAGAAGGUGGAUGAUAACCUUGUGGUUCACUACCCCAGUUUAGUCUCAAACAGAUGGCUUGCUAUACGUCUGGAGUUUGUUGGCAACUGUAUCCUGUUCUUUGCCUCUCUCUUUGCUGUCAUCGCGCGCAAUGACUUGUCCCCUGGUAUUGUGGGGCUCUCCAUAACAUACGCCUUGAAUGUGACACAAACACUAAACUGGAUGGUGCGCAUGACUACGGAGCUGGAGACGAACAUCGUUGCUGUGGAGAGAGUCAAGGAAUACACUGAGACCCCUACUGAGGCUGCCUGGGACAUCCCAGACAAGAAGCCUGUGGCAACGUGGCCAGACAGGGGUCUGGUACAGCUUGACAACUACGGUACUCGAUACCGGGAAGGGCUGGACCUGGUUGUCAAGGGGAUCGACUGUACCAUCAGCCCCGGAGAGAAGGUGGGUAUUGUCGGUCGUACGGGUGCUGGUAAGUCUUCUCUUACGCUUGCGCUGUUCCGCAUCAUUGAACCCGCGCAGGGUCGCAUCCUCAUUGAUGGGGUCAACAUCGCGGAGAUCGGCUUGCAUGACCUACGCAGCAAGCUCACCAUUAUACCUCAGGAGCCGGUAUUGUUCUCCGGUCCACUAAGGAUGAAUUUAGAUCCAUUUGACGAGCAUUCUGACGAGAAAGUAUGGCAGUCACUUGAGCAUGCGCAUUUAAAGAACUUCGUGAAGAGUCUUCCAGCAGGUCUUGAACACGAGUGUACAGAGGGUGGUGAAAAUCUUAGUGUUGGCCAGAGACAGCUGGUAUGUCUAGCCCGAGCCCUGCUGCGGAAAACCAAGAUUUUGAUCCUGGAUGAAGCUACUGCUGCCGUAGACCUGGAGACGGAUGAUCUGAUCCAGAACACGAUACGCACGGAGUUUGCAGACGCCACUGUUCUCACCAUAGCUCACCGCUUGAACACCAUCAUGGACUAUACAAGAGUAAUGGUCCUGGACCAAGGCAAGAUUAAGGAGUUUGACAGCCCUAAGAAUCUACUGCAAGAAAAGGACUCUGUCUUCUAUGGAAUGGCGGUGGAUGCUGGACUAGCCUGAGUUUCUGCCCUUUGUAAUUUUGUUGUUGUUUUUUCCCCUCUUUAAUUUUCUGUUGUUGUAAGUGUGUUGGUGAAUGUGGACUUCUAUGUUCAGGGUUGCGAUACAGAUGGUACAUUUGCAGUUUUACAUCUUAGUUAUGAAUGUCCCUCAGUAUAGAUAAAUUGUAAUCUUAUGUUAGUAACAGUGAAAUUAUAUCAAUCUUAUUUAGAAACUGAAUGUUUUUUGUCUUUUCAAUGUCCUUGAUUAAGUGUCAGUUUGUGUUUGAUAUAUUUCUUUUUAAAAUGUCAACAUUUUAAUAUUAAAUAUGUGCUAUUUUCUAAUUUUCUUUCUGUUUAAGUUUUGAGUGUUGUUCUUUUAUUAUGGUAUCUUUGUGUUUGACUACGAUGUUUUAGCUUUAAAUCUCUUCUAUUCGUGGCAGCAUAUUUUAUUUAUCACAUUCAAUGUAUGGACACAUCCUCAUUUAGCUUCUAUACAUAUGACAUAUAUGAUGUGAAAACAGUAUAAUACAUGCUUUGACAAUUUGUGGUUGAGUUUGGGAUAAGCAUAUUGUUAAUUUAUUUCAUUUUCAUUUUAUCCAAGCAAUCUUCUUACAUGUAGGGACGAAUUACUCACAAUCGUUUUGUGUAUUUCACAACUCUACAGAUUAAUUUUACUAUUUUACCGUCAGAUGUGCAAGAUCAUUAGUAGCUUUAGAAAAUAAAUCUGAUAUUAUUCCAUAUUGUCAGGUUCUGAAUUAUUUAUCUGAAGCCUAAACUAAUGCAACACCAAUAGAAAGUAAAACAAAUUGCAAUUCAAAUAUUGAACAAGAAAAUAAUGUAUUAUUUUUUUUAUAAUUUCAAUGACAUCGUUGGCUCUGUAAACUCAUUACUGAAAUCUGAUGCGUGGACUGCGAGUGGUUUAGACCAAAUUGUUCCAUGUUUGGUUUUAUGUAUACUAGACAUCAGUUUGUCUUAUGUAUGAACAAAAUGUCACUAUAAACAACCUAGCUCUUUGUCUUUUUCACUAGGACAAAAAUAUAUAAUAGUGUGUUAUAUAUAAUUGUUAAACUUAUGUGCAUAACUUUUAAAGUAUUAAAUAGUGUAUAAACACCCAGUUACAUCAUAUUUACUAGCUAUAUAUACAGGCCCGGUGGUAUACAUAGUUAGUUAUUUUAGGUGUGUAUUAGUUGUUUUAGGUGUGCAUGUUACAUUGUAUAGAAUAAGUGGUAAUUUUGUUUGUCGUAUAGACAUUCUUUUAAUAAUAUAUAUAAUGAAAAAAAUAUCAUUUGGGUUUUAAAAUCUUCUUUCUAUGUUAUAUUUGUAUUACUUGAUGAAAAUGUCAAAUUAUUACUACUUUUAUUGAACUUAUUUGAAUUUUGUUUCUGUUGGUCUAACUUUUCUUACGAUUUAUUGAACUGCGUUUGUUUUUAAUUAAAAAAAAAUUGUUUUAAGGAACAUUUGUGUUACCUUCAAAGUGCAUUAUCAUGAAACAUCUUAAUUUUUAUAAUUUAAAAGAUUUUUUUUGCUGCAGAUAUAUAGCAGUGUAUUUUAUCUAUCAUUAUUAUUAUAAAAUCAAAGAUCACCAAUGUACACACAUAAUAAUAUUUAUUAUACCUCCCUUGCGUUUCUCAGUGUAAAAACCCAUACAUCCCUUGCAUAAUUGGAAUAUUCCAUGAUGUUGCGAGGUCAUAUAUCCAAAUGAGUCUAUGAUAUGUCCUGCAUAUGUGGCCUUUAAACCAAUAACAGAAUUUCCAAAAUUUCCAUUGGCUAGUGCUUAUGAAAAUGUAGACGCUAGUCUCUGUGCAGUCUGCUUUUAUGGACUUUGUCUUUGAAAUUGAUUCUUUGGAAUGAAAAUCCAUUCUUGACAGAAAAUGUUGUCGAAAUUUAGCUUGUGUGGAGUGAGCAGACUAAUCUAGGAUAAUACUUUUUGCACAUUGAUUUAGAAUAGUUUUUGCCAGAGUGUGUCUCAAAUAAAAUAUUUUAUCUUUUAUGGUGCUUUGGGUUCAAAUAUCAUUAUUUUAUAUUUGUUAUGCCCCCGGUAGGGUGGCAUAUAGCAGUUGAACUGUCCGUCAGUCUGUCCGUCCGUCCGAAAACUUUAACAUUGCUCAUAACUUGUGCAAUAAAUAUUGAAGAUAGCAACAUGAUAUUUGGCAUGCAUGUGUAUCUCAUGGAGCUGCAAAUUUUUAGUGGUGAAAGGUCAAGGUCGAGGCCAUCCUUCAAGGUCAAAGGUCAAAUAUAUGGCUUCAAAGCGGGGCAGUAGGGGGCAUUGUGUUUCUGACAAAAACAUCUCUUGUUUAUUUAUGGUUUUGUGUGUUAAAAGACAAGAGUAGGUAUAACACAAAUUGUUUCUUACAUGUAUAAGUUUCACAUAAACAUUCAAAUUAAGUCAUCUAUUCUAUUGGUGGUCAUAACUUUGUUCUAUUUCAAAAUAGAAUUGCAUCAGAGAUUUGAUUUAUUAUGUGGUUUUUAAUUAAAUACAGAGAUGUAUUCUUGAACAAUUUUGUACUUCCUGCAAACUUCCUUAUGUUAUGUACAGCCCUGCAAGUUGUUUAUUCUGUUUAUGACAUAUUUGAUAUGUUUCAGACAUGUUAUUCAGCUUGACAAUUGCUUACAUUUGAGUCAAUGAUUGUUUAUUUCAUGAAAUUAAAAACAACUCGUUUACAGUCAUUCUUAAAUGCAAUCUCAAAUGCUAGGGUAAUACUUUCUGUCUCAAAAUUAUGUUUAAUCGUAAAUUACUUAAAGUCUAAAAUCUAAUGGCUAUACAUAAAUCAUAGGUUAAAAUACAGUUACUGAAAUACAAUAAUUACUUCAACUGUUGUUUAAUGAAUGCUAAAAGAAAAUAUUGAUCAAGUUUAUCUCAGACCAAUCUAUUGUCUAAUAGACCAAUAAACCUACAUUGCUGGAUUGACAGAAAGAAUACUAUCAUGGCAGUGAAAAAGUUUUUAUUGCAUUUACAAAUUUUAUCAUAGUUUUGAUUGUGGUAAUUCUGGUAAAUUUUGCUUGUGAUUAUAUACAAUAAAUUAUGUACUACAAAGUUGUAUGUGUGAGUGCAUUUCAGACAAAACAUCUAUUUUUUAGUUGUAUUCAACAUUGAAUUCAGAAGCCUUUAUGUACAAUUGCAAGAUUAAUAUUUUUUUCUUGUUUGGUUUUUGAUUCAUUUUGUGACAAAAUACAUUGCUGUCAAAUAUAAA